GUGUGGUAAUGCUCGCGAUGUGAACUCACGCGCGCACGGGCUCUGAAUACUCAGCACUCAGAGCGAGCAGCGCACAGCGAGCACCGGUGAACCGAAGGUAUGGCUGCGUCUCAGGGGAAGAGCGAACUCCGUUAUGCGGACUGGAUGUCAAGUUUACCGGCAACCUUGCACAGCAUUCCUCUCACCAAUCUCGCAAUACCGGGUUCCCAUGACUCUUUUAGUUUCUACAUUGAUGAGGCCUCACCAGUUGGACCUGAACAGCCCGAGACAGUGCAGAACUUUGUCUCUGUGUUUGGUACUGUGGCCAAGAAGCUGAUGAGGAAAUGGUUGGCAACACAGACGAUGAACUUCACAAACCAGCUGGAGGCAGGGAUCCGCUUCUUUGAUCUCCGCAUAUCUACCAAACCCAGAGACCCCGACAAUGAGCUCUACUUUGCACAUGGUCUGUUCAGCGCCACCGUACGCGAAGGCCUGGAGCAGAUCAGCACAUUCCUGGCCUCCCAUGCUCGCGAAGUGGUGUUCCUGGACUUCAACCACUUCUAUGGCAUACAGAACCUCCAUCACGAGAAGCUGGUCCAGAUGCUGCGAACCAUCUUUGGGGACCGACUCUGCCCAGUAGUGUUUGCUCAAGAGGUAAGCCUGAAGUACCUCUGGGAAAAGGAGUAUCAGGUGCUGGUCUUCUAUCACAAUCCCAUGGCUCUGGAGGUUCCUUUCUUGUGGCCGGGUCAGAUGAUGCCCUCCCCUUGGGCCAAUACUACAGAUCCCGAAAAGCUUAUUCAAUUCCUUCAAGCCUCUGUCAAGGAUCGGAGACGUAAGGGCACCUUUUUUGUGUCCCAGGUGGUUCUCACUCCUAAAGCAAGCACCGUCAUGAAAGGUGUCACCAGUGGCCUGAGGGAGACCAUCACAGAGAGGGCUCUUCCUGGCAUGAUGCAGUGGAUCCGCUCGCAGCGACCUGGCGAAAGUGGCGUUAACAUCAUCUCGGCUGACUUUGUGGAGCUGGGUGGAUUUAUCAGCGCCAUUAUCACCCUCAACUACUACCUGGAUGAUGAGGAAGAGAAUGCAACCUGAACCACCAAAUAUCCCGAGUCACUUGUGGUGUUAAUUACACUUGCUCCCUUUCUCUUUAAUUUCAUUGUAUUCUUAUUGAUUUGUAUCUAUUUUUUGGAUCAUAGAGCUCUGGUUGUCUCUGACAUUUUUAGGGCUUAUGAAAACCGUAACGUUAAGAGAUAAGAGUAGAGAGCAGACAUGGUCAGGUGGAUUAAUUUCGGGUAUUGUCUGAGAACUAGGACAAAUCAGACUAUUCUGACUAUUCUCAUUUUUUUCUGGGCGAAAAGGUGACUGGCCUUUUCUCAUGUUUCUCUUCUUCCUAUCUGUUGCACUAUGCUGAUUCAAAUGCGCAACAUUUUCACAAUUUCGCUUCUCAUCAAAGUACCAAUAACAUUAACUCAUUUCAUGGGGAAUAAAUAUUGUUUGACUCUAUAGUAGGUCUGUUUCUAGUGGUAAUAGUAACUUGUAUAAUUGUCAAGUUGUAAAUACUUGUAAACCUGUUGAAUUGUAACUUUGCUUGCUAUUUGUCAUGCUCAAACAGAUGAGUUAAGGUUCCAAUACAAUGCUGAAUAAGUGAACUAUUAGAUGUUUGUAUUCACAACCAAAAAUUGCAAAUGUAUGUAACAGCAUAUUUGUCUUUCUGCCAGUAUCAACACUGACAAGUGUGGCUUUGUAUCUACAUUUUUUGUAGUCGUCCUUUACAUUGUCUAUGAUUCUAAAACAGAUUAUUUUGUAUUUGUGAAGAAAAUACAUACAGUAUUCAUUGCAUUUGCACUGCUGUGACUGAUGACUGUUAAAGAGUGGCCAUUGAAGUUUUCUGGCCUGUUAAAUCCAAAUACAGUGCACAAAAAGCAGUAUAUCUGAUAGUUGAGUAAAAUGCUCAAUACAAUCCUUGUAUCCCCUUUUUAAAUAAAUAAACAAGGGACAUUACUUAAUUGUUGUAAACAGACCAAUUAUGAUGCCAUUUUCAAAUUACCCAGACUAACUGGAUAAAUGGCAGUGCUAAUGUUUUAGUCAAUCAGAUACCAAAUAAUUGAAUUUGAUCAGUAUAUGAAAUGUUUUUAACAAUGUGACUGAUUCUCCAACACUACUGCCUUCUCUCUUUGUUUUCUCUAUUUGGACUAAAAUUAAUAGUAAUUAUAGGCUGAAUCAUUAAGGUAUUAUGUGGUAUUGUGCUCAAGACAUCAUUGGCACUAGAAAAUCAACUCUCAACAUAAUUUAUGGGACAGAAAGUUUUCAGAAUUAUUUAUUCAUUCAAGUGUUUGAAUUAUGUUGAUUAAAGUGAAAACCCCACAGCCCAACCUUGAGCAUGGACUUAAGUAUAAAUACACGAAUCAUCCCUUUGUACAGUAUGAAAUUGCAUGUAGUCAUCAAGGUUGAAAAUUGUAUGUAAACUUUCUAUUGGUAUAUGUCCUAAUCCAACAUUUCUGACAAAUCUGGUGUACAAUAAAUGUAAAUACUGCAUAUA